UUCAAGAUCACGUGACUAAGCCCAUCGGGCCCCCACGCAAUCACGUGCCGCAUUUUUAGACCGGAAACGAAGUAAAAGCGAGAGCCCCAGCCAAGACAACAUGAAACCUUGAGAUCGAAAUCUGCGAGCUCGAAGCACGCGAGAGGACGGAAGCUCCCUCAACCUUCAUUUCACGUCUUUCCUCGUCGGCUCUCGAGCUCCGUACCGUCGCGGUUGCUGCGUCUUCGAGCCCGCUUCGCCGCGAUUUGCUUCGAACGAGUUCUAAGCAGAUGGGUUAUCCAUUGUUCCGGCAUGUCCUUGUUGCAAUGCUGGCGCUGCUCUCAAGCCUCCAAGCUGUGUCCGGGAUUAGAUUUGUCAUCGACAGGGAGGAGUGCUUCUCUCACAAUGUUGAGUAUGAUGGGGAUACGGUGCACGUUUCUUUUGUUGUGAUCAAGUCCGACUCAUCUUGGCAUUAUAGUGAAGAUGGUGUUGAUCUUCUGGUGAAGGGACCUUCUGGUGAUCAAAUCCACGACUUUCACGACAAGAUAAGCGAGAAGUUUGAGUUUGUCGCUCAUCGUAAAGGAGUCCACCGUUUCUGUUUCACUAACAAGUCUCCUUAUCAUGAAACCAUUGACUUUGACGUGCAUGUUGGGCAUUAUUCGUUCCAUGAUGAGCAUGCAAAAGAUGAGCAUUUCAACCCUUUGUUGGAUCAGAUAGGAAAAUUAGAAGAAGCUCUGUACAACAUUCAAUUCGAGCAGCACUGGCUAGAGGCUCAGACUGAACGGCAAGCAAUAGUGAACGAUUUGAUGAGCCGGAGGGCAAUACAUAAGGCCUUCUUCGAGUCGGCGGCACUCAUUGGAGCAAGUGUCCUUCAAGUUUACCUCCUCCGCCGUCUAUUUGAAAGGAAGCUCGGGAUGUCAAGAGUCUAGUUCUCAUUGUGUCGUGUAAGCAGUUGAAUUAUUCGCCGGAUAUUGACGCUUCUCAACACGAGCACGUAUCUUCAUAAGAGCACGCAUGUUCCCCCUCUUGACCUGACAUGUACAGAAACAGAUCUAGUGGGAGGUUGUUGUUUGCCUGUAGAACGAGAGACAGAUUGAUUGUCCAGAUUAAUCUAUCAUUUGUUCAGGAAGCACCAUGUGAUUUUACGUUCUUGGA